UCCAUAAAAAGCUCAAAACAGUAUUUCCCCCCCUCUGCUCUCCUUCUUUCUCCCUCUCUGGCCAAUAAGAAUUUAAGAUACAGAGAAGUGGUUAGUCGUUGCUUCCCCUUUUAGAGCAAAAAGAAGUACCAUUUGUUGAUCAUUUUCAGAAAAACAAAGCUUACUAGUAUUCCAAGAUUUUCUAGUAUUGUUCUAACAAAGAAAAGUUCACACUCCAUGUGAACACUAGCUAGUCUUCUCACUCUCACAUCAAUCUCUUCAUCAUCAUCAAACUAUAUAUCUUCAAUUCUUUUUCUCUUUUUCUACUUCUAGUAGGGUACUUCUCUCUUUUUUUUCGGUGUAUUACAAUUUUAGAACUUGUGACAGUAGUAAUUCGUCACAAGUCUUGACUUUUAAUUUCUUACUCAGUGAGAAAAUUAGGCAUAGAAAAACUUUCACAAGAAAAAUACCUAAUCCAUGGCUUCUUUCACGGAAGUAGAGAGUUCCAACUUCCACAUCAGCAUCCCCCAGAACAAUAACGACGACAACAACAACAACGAUGUUAAUGUUGGAAGUACUACUGCUUCUUCUUCUUCAACGGCGUCUACCUCAAGUAGAUACGAGAAUCAGAAGCGAAGAGAUUGGAACACUUUCGGACAAUACCUAAAAAACCAUAGGCCUCCACUCACGCUCUCCCGCUGCAGUGGUGCUCACGUCCUAGAAUUCCUUCGUUACCUUGAUCAAUUCGGCAAGACUAAGGUUCAUAUUCCGAUGUGUCCUUUUUAUGGUCACCCAAAUCCUCCAGCACCAUGUCCGUGCCCGGUUAAGCAAGCUUGGGGGAGCCUUGACGCACUCGUUGGUCGUCUUAGAGCUGCUUUUGAAGAAAAUGGAGGAAAACCUGAGACGAAUCCGUUUGGUGCUCGAGCUGUUAGGCUUUACCUACGUGAGGUUCGUGAUUUGCAAUCCAAAGCAAGGGGAGUUAGUUAUGAUAAGAAGAAGAAGAAGAAAAAGCAGAAACUCUCUCCGCCACCGCAACAGUUGCCGGAUACACACUCAGGUGACGGUUAACGUAAUGCUUUUACCAGCAUUUAAAUGGUGUUUCUCUUCUUUUACUUCUGCUAGCCACAUCCUAUAUCGAUCCAAAGCAUAGAUUUUGGGUUGUACGGUUUCCAUCUUUUCUUGUAGAUGCAAAAGAGUUAAUUACUCUAGUGGACCUUUUCAUCAACGGUAAAGUUACAAGCUGUGAAAAUCAUUUAGGAUAUCAUUUAGGAUAGAUUGGUUACAACAUGCUUCCCCGCAACAGUACUGGUGCUCACAUAUUAGAAUUCCUUCGUACCUUGAUCAAUUCAUUAGCUUGAAAGUUCAGUUUAAUUGUUUUUUGAAAAUUGAUGAAAUUGUGUUUGGAUA